UUAGGUCUGUUUUUAUUGAGAAAAAAAAUUAUAUAAAUUAAAAAAAAAAAAGUUUAAUUGUACUGUAAAAAUUAAUAUUGAAAAUGGCAACAGAGAGUUCAUGGCUAUGGAUGGGAAGUAUUUCAGCUGAUAUGGAUGAAAAGUUUAUCAAAGAGGCAUUUGCAAACAUGGGCUUUAAGGUAUUAGCUGUAAAAGAAAUAUUUAACAAAACAACAAGUGAAAGAGCAACAUAUUGUUUUGUUGAUUUUGGUGAUAUCAAAACAGCAAGAGAAGUACUUAUUAAAUUGAACGGAGAAUCAAUUCCUGGUAUAGAGGGCAAAAAAUUUAAAUUAAACCGUUCAGAGUAUGGAAGAGGUUCAUCUCAUAGUGAUGGUAUUGAAUAUUCACUGUUUGUUGGAGACAUAACUUCAGAUGUAAAUGAUAACCAUCUACUGGAUUUUUUUCGAAUUAAGUAUCCUUCAGUUAGAGCAGCUAAAGUUGUCAUUGAUGAAAAAGGAAGCCAUAAAGGAUAUGGUUUUGUUCGAUUCUUCAAUGAAGAAGAAAUUAAUAGAGCUCUUACAGAAAUGCAAGGUGUUAAAGGUUUAGGACAAAGGCCAAUUCGAGUUAACAAAGCUGUUAAAAGUAAAAAUCCAAUAAAUGCUGUAGCUAGUGGUUUAAUGGAUCCAAAUACUGUUUUCCCUGGAUGGAUGCAAAUGCAAAUGAAUUAUAUGCAACAGAUGUAUCAGUUCAUGCAACAGUGUCAAGAAUAUGCCCAACAAGCAGCAGAUAGAGCUGGAUUAAAUCGUGAGGCAUCUAUUCGUUCACCAAGUGUGUGUUCUUCUACAACAAUUCAAUCAAAUCAGCUGUUAACUGAUCAAGUGAACCAGACAUUUAAUGAUGAUGAUGAAGAAGAAGAACAACCUGAAUAUGCUGAUCCAAACCCUCAUAUUGAUAUAGAAGGAAUGAAUGAAGAGUUUAUUAUUAAUGACGAUAAAUUAUUCUUUGAAUUGGAAGCAUCGCGCUGGGAUCCUGAAAUUGGACUGUUACUUGCAUUAAAACAAACACCUGUCUGGAAAAGGUAGCAUAUGAAGUUUUUUUGAUGGCUUUUGGUUAUCAAUUACUUUAGAUUGGUCGAGAUCUGUUGGUUGAAAUUUAUUAACUCUGAACAUUAAAAAAAAUAAUAAUAAUAACAUUAAGUUGAAGUAUAAAAACUAAAAACAAAACAACAA